UGGGCAAUGGGGUGGAAAGAGGAAGAACGGGCAAGGCAGAGCGUAAACUCUUCUCCACUGAUUUAAAUCUUUGCAACCCAUCAUUCAGCUUCAAGUCUCUCACAAAGGGAAAAGAAAUACGGUUUCUUUUUUAAAGUGGGAGUUAUUCCCACUUUAUUCCUUCUGCCAUCCCUCUGAUUGUUAGGACGUUGUUUUUCUUAUGGGUUUUCUUGCCAAUCUUGUUUAAUUGGAGGGAUCGCUUUCCUAAAGUCGGAUUGCUUUGGAAAAGUUUGCUGUGUUCGUCCGCAGUUUUUAGAAAUCGCUAGCCAGGCAUAAAUAGAUCAUCUUCCUGAAGAUACUCUUAGUGGUGCUAUUGCAGCUCCAAACCGGUAGUAAAACCGGCGGGAGGCUCUGCCCACCCAGCACGACAUCAUUGGUGAUCUGCGCGUGAUCCCGCUGCGAACCGGUAGUAAAGAGUUCAUAAACACGGAAAAAUGGGUAGAAAGGAUGCCUCUUCUGCAAAAAUACCUAUGGAUCAGUACAGAAAACAAAUAGGAAAACAAGAUUAUAAGAAAAACAAACCAAUGUUAAAAGCAGCAAGACUGAAAGCAGAGGCCAAAAAAACUGCACCAGGCAUAAAGGAAGUCAGCCUUAUCCUUGUGGCUAUAUUGGUAUUUUUAUUGGCAUGUUAUGCUUUCUUUUAUUUUAAUCUUUCUGAAGAAGACGACCUAGGUCUGGAAAAGGAUGGAAAUUAGCCAAAUUGUUUUUGAAGAUUUCUUCUAGAAAAGCAUUACUCUUGUCGACUUCAGCCAUGAACAGCUGCUCGUCAUGAAAGUGGACAAAAUGGGAAUCAGUUCCUGCAAAUCUGAAAUUAAUAAUACACUUGAGACUAUCUCAGCCAGUCUUAUGGAUAUUAAUGAGAUUCUUCUCCUUUUCAAACUGUAGUUUAUUGGCUAAAGUUGACCUUUUUCCUCCUUUCUUUUUUAAGCUGGAAAUAUUUCAUUCCAGAAAACAAUUUUCUAUAUUCAUUAGUGUUAUUAUGUGGGUGAAAAGAAUUAGAUUUCCUUAGAGCUUGGCAAACAAAUACAAAUUACAGAUAUGACUCAAACACAAACUAAUAUAAUCUGUGAAAUCUGUACACAUAUUUCUAUUACUUCCAGGUUGGACUAAUUGUUGUGAGUGAUUCGGCACGUUUUUAAUUCUUAUCUCCAACACAAAAAGAAUUUAUGUGUGCUGAAUGUAUGUAAGUCAUGCAUGAUAUUUUUUGGAUUAAAAACUGUAUAUAGCUGGUCCUUGAUUUACGAUUGUAAUUGAGCACAGAAUUAGAGUCGUAAGUCAUGCCACUUUUUAAGGGGUCACUAUAUGACUACACCCAAUGUUAUGACUGUUUUUGCAGGUGCCGUUAAGUGAAUGCUGCUGUUGUUAAACAAACCUAUUAUACCCAAUGGGCACUUUUUGCUAGAAACCAGUUUCUAGCAAAAUGCCAGUUUAAAUGCUGGUUUCAAGCUAAAAACAUAAAUCGCCAUGUGAUUCGUGAUGUAACUAUGGGAUGCUGCACAUGCAGGCCAGUCACCCAGAACCAAAAUGUGAUCAUAUGACCGAUUGGGGCGGCCAUUGGAACUGCAAAACUGGAUCAUAAGACAUGCUGAGGAAGUCCAUCAUAGCAAUAGCACUUAGACUUAUAUACCACUUCACAUUUCUUUACAACCGCUCUCUAAGUGGUUUACAGAGUCAGCAUAUUGCCCCCAACCUGCUAGGUCUUCAUUUUAUUUAUUUAUUUUAUUUUUAUUUUAUUGGAUUUCUAUACCGCCCUUCUCCCGAAGGACUCAGGGCGGUGAACAGCCACAAUAAAACACAUAAAUGCAAAAAUUUAAAAUAGAAUAAAAACAAAUUAAAUAAUUUGGCUGAAACAAAUUUAAAAUACUUGAUAAUUUAAAAACAAAUUAAAAUUUACAUUUAAAAGGGGAGAAGAUUUAGGCCAGGCCAGCUUGAUGAAAUAAGAGAGUCUUGAGCGCGCGACGGAAGGUGCGCAGAUCCGGGAUCUUCCGUAUCUCCGGGGCGAGCUCGUUCCAGAUCGUAGGUGCUCCCACAGAGAAGGCUCUCCCCCUAAGGGCCGCCAGUCGACAUUGUUUGGCCAACGGCACCCGGAGGAGCCCCUCUCUCUGGGAGCGUACUGGCCAGUGGGAGGCUAUUGGUGGUAGCAGGCGGUCCCGUAGAUAACCAGGUCUUAAGCCAUGGAGCGCUUUAAAGGUGAUGACCAAAACCUUGAAGCGCACCCAGAAGACCAUCGGGAGCCAGUGCAGCUUGUGCAGGAGAGGUGUUACAUGGGAACUCCACAUCGCUCUCAUAAUCACCCGCGCGGCCGCACUCUGUGCCAGUUGGAGCCUCUGAGUGCACCUCAAGGGGAGCACCAUGUAGAGAGUGUUACAAUAGUCCAGACGAGAGGUGAUGAGGGCAUGAGUGACUGUGCGUAGGGAGUCCCGAUCUAGAAAGGGACCUUUUACCGAUCUUGGAAGGAUGGAAGGCGGAGUCAGCCUUGAGGCGAUCAGGAUUAAACCCCUGGUAGUCAGGAUUAGCCUGCAGUAAUGCAUUCUAACCACUGCACUACCACGGCUGAUCAUCAUAACUUCUAAUGGUCAUUUAAUGACCAGUCAUAAGUUGAGGACUACCUGUAGCAUACUUCGUUUUAUAAGUUAAAUUGAUUUGCCGGGAAGUGAGCGUCUUAUGCACAGUUCUAUCAUUACAACAUUAUAAGGGCUUCCUCUUUGUACCAUAGGACCAAUGUAUCAAAACCAUAUUUCAUAUACUUUUGAUUUUAAUAGGACAGAAAAUCACAUGCCUACGUUCCCCUUCAUUUGAAUCUUUUAAAAGUUUAUUUUUUGUAGUACGCAAUAAUUGAUGUUAAUAUUAUGUAAAAAACCUGCAUAUUAGCCCUGUAGCAAAGCCCUAGAAAGCAAAAAUUUUCACAGUAGGUCUAUUAGGAGUAGAAUACAGAGCACAGUCUAAUUCAAAUAAAAGGCCUUUGACUUAAGUGGAAACCACUGAAAUACGCAUGUUCAAAAAUUCUACCAAGCUGGUUGCACCUCUGCAAGUGCAGAUGUCAACAAAGUACUUUUUAUUUAUGUAUUUUAAAAACAAUUUCCAAUGGCUACCUUGACUUCAAAGUUUCUUUUAGAAAAAACAACAACUGGGGAUUCUAUUAGAAUAAUAGUUACAUUAAACCAAAACCAAGAAGAUCUCAGAGAUGUGUGAUAUAUUUAAAUGUAUUUCCAAACACCAAAUUAAACAAUGUUUGAAUACUGCUGUUUGUGAGAAAAACCAGAAUCAAUAACAAGGGAAAGUUAUCCCAAACCCUCUAAUAAAAAUGGAAUGGGUACUAUGCAAUAUGGUCUCACAGAAAGGGCAACCUCAAGCUACCAUUGACUCAUGUUCUACUACAUCUUUUUAUGGAAAGUAAAAAGUUUCACCGUAGUAAGAAAUAAAACCUUUGUGUUUUCAAGAGAAGCUGAAAGAAGAGAUCAAAUGGUCAUGUAUUACUCAUUUUUAAUUUCAACAUAUCUAUAUGGGGGCUACAUCAAAUCUCUCUGCUCAGGAAAAAAAAAAUCAUUCCCAUCUCAUCACCACUUCGGCGCAAAUUUAUUUUCAGCAUUCUCCUGACUCCUUUAUAGCUGGGUAUCAGCAGUCAUAUUUUUUGUGUAUUGCCAACUGUUCAGAGCACAUGUGUUCUGUCAGAAAUGGCACCUGGAUGAUAGAAACACUAGGAUUCACAUAUGCUCUGAAGCAAAGUUCCUUCCUCUUGGGCUAACUGAAAGCAUGUAAAUAGAAAGUUCACUCAGUGUUGAUUUUAAUUAGUACAGUGCUUCAUUAACAUAAAGAUGAAAAUUCUGUUUUAAUCGUAUCAUGCAAUAUCAGCAAGAAAUACAAAAUAUAUGGUAGCUUUAAAACAGUUUUCAUCUCAGUAUUGGCUCUGAAAUCUUUCUUGUACAGAAAACAACAGUAGAGUUUCUUUAUACUUUAUUGAAAGAUAUUAUUCUAGUUAUGUUAUAUCACGGCUGCCCCCUCUUCCUAACCUUCAUUACAAAGAAAUAUUAUUUUAAAAUAUAUAUGAACAAAGUAUUUGAUUGGUAUUUUUCUGUUCAGAAAUGUUGGCUACAAAGAUUAUAAUGAGGUCCACAAACACGGAUGCUUACACUAACCAUAUAGCAUUGGGGUGCUAACAUGACCCUAAUUAUUGAUCAGAAUUAGGAAGUUUAGUAAAUAAGGUUUCAGUUGGACUUCGUUUAUUAGCAUGGGAUCACAAUACUUCUUAGUUCUAUCCACAAGCUAAUUUGAGAGAACGCUGAUUAUUCCAAACUGAAAGCAACUACUUUAAACAGUAAAAAUGUGUGGAGUAUAUAUGUAGAUUUGCACAAUCAUGAAAAAUUGUUAUGAUUAAGCAAAUGAUAAUACAGUUCUUUGAGACAGAAAAAAAAAUUAUAGUAUUGGAAAUGUUUCUCUGAUACCUUGCUAAUAAAUUCUGAUAUUAUGGAGAAUGAACACUUGAAUUCAUUCUAGUAAAUCAGUUGACUGGCAAAUGUUCCCUCUCAUUGAAGGGGCCACUUUUAUCACUAUGCAAUCAUGACCUCCACCUUGCACAGUCUCUGCCUUUUGUAAGGCAAUUUACAGUGAUUAGGCUACAUAAUUGAUCACUUUCUAUGGUCAAGGAGGGAUAUGUAUUUCUAUAUGUGUCCAUUACCACUGGUCUGCGAGUUUAUAUGAUUGGGCCCCAGUUGGAUAUGAUCAUUUUUUAAUGCAAAUCUUAUUUAAUGUAAUUCAGAAUUCCAUGUGUUGUAUAGUAAAUGCAUUUUAUAUAUACAUCUUUUUAUGAAAAGACGUAAACAAUUUCACAUAGCACACCAGUAUACUAACAACAGCUUCUCCUCAUGUUUAUUAAAAAUCCAAAUUGGUGAGGAAACAGCCAAAAUGUUAGGUGCUAGUAUUUCUCAAACAGAUGUCUCAGCAUAAUUUUGUCACGUGGUUGGAAGAAUAAACAUGCAUAAUUCUGAAUUACUACGCUGUAGGUGCCAUUUAUUUGUUUAUUUUAAUAGUUUCCAGUUCUGUAAAUAUCAAUAGCAGAUUUUGCCAGUUUUUGGAAGCGAUAGCAGCCCUGCCCUAUAAUUACUGGGAUGAAACAAGUAGCUAAGAAUUUCAUAAGAACUCACAUAAGCUAAAUGUUGGAAUUACUAUAUAAUUUCACUACAUUUCGUUUGCCAAUUUAAAGACUAUAUAUGCCAUUGUUAAAAAUACCAGAUUACUCUCGCUAACAUAUUCUGUACUUUCUACUUUUUAAAAAAAUAAUCUCGGGAUUCAAGAAUAAAGAAUAAAGAUGAAGAUAAAGAUACUUUUUCCAAGUCUACUAAUUAGCAUAUGGAAUUUAUUAGUAAUAUAAACCUGUUUGCUGAAGGUAUUUGGUAGAAUGCGAUUUUAAACAAUUCAACAGUCAGCUUUGGCUAAAUCUACCUGGCAAAAGUGAUGAAGACCAAGUUUGUAAAUAAAGCUAUCAAUCUUGAUCAAACUUGCUACAACUAAUUUUUCAGAUUUGUACUAAAAAUAUUAAAAAGAAUUGAGCUUGACUCCUGGUGA